UUGCCAUUUUAUUUCGCAACAUUCUAGAACGCACCUUGACCAGAAUUUCGAUAAGUAGAUAGCUCGCGGCCAUAGCUCGCGGCCAUAGUUCCAGGUAUCGCAAAGGUCCACACACGCUGAUUUGCUUCGGUGUCAUUCGUGUUCCUCAAGACCUGGCCUUUCAUUCUCCGUAACCUAGGCGUUAGCAAAUCCCAGCCGCAUCGCUUCCAUCUCAUGUUCGCUGAUUUUAGAAUCUGUUGAAACUAACUCCGAGUUAGUCACAAAAUGUCUACUCCGGCCGCGAUGGGAGCAGGAGCACAGAACCAGUCCGCGGCUGCCGGAGCCGCGGGCUUGGCAUCCACCCCCGUUAGUGUCGUCCUCUCCGUAUUCGUUAUAAUCUUCAUCUUCCUCUUCUUCUUCGUUAUGCUAUUCCGCGCGUGUCUCAUGGUGCUAAACGGUCGUGACGCACCGAACCAUCACGCCAUCACCCCAGAAGAGUACAUGCUCCGUCGAACGCAACUCAGCGCGAUGCAGAAAACGCAGUCGCUAGGGCUCGAUCCCGAGACCGUUCAGGCGCUGCCGACAGUUACUUUCUCCCGCGAAAAGCUUCGCGAAGGUUGCUGCGAGAGCUUUCGCGAGUGCGCGGUGUGCCUGGGGGAAUAUGAGGAGGGGGAGUGUAUUAAGACGCUGCCGUCCUGCGGACACAGAUUUCAUGCCACGUGUAUAGACGUAUGGUUCUGCGCGCAUACCACGUGUCCUAUUUGCCGAUUCAACUUAAAACCCGCGAAACCCGCGAACAAAGAGGCGGAUUCUUCGGGCGGAGCGACAGAUUCGGGCGCUUCAGGGACAGCUGGCGAUGAGGUGGAACCGUCGGCGACAAUUCCAGACGCGUCGGCGACAGCUAGUGCGACAAUGUCGGAUGACGUCAGCAUCCAAGUUGAAAUUGUUGAGACACCUGUGAUGGACCAAGAAAACGCACCAGCAGCAGCACCAACACCAGCACCACCAGCAUCAGCAGCAGCAGCAGCAGUAUCAGCAGCACCAUCAGCAGCAGCGGCAGUAGCAGCAUCAGUGGUGUCAGCAGCAGGAGUAGUUGCGCAAAGAGGACGAACGGCGGAAGAGGAUAGAAGGCAAUUGCGAAGGGAGGGGGGUCAGGAGGGAGCGCGGGAGAUCAGCGAAACUUGGGCGGAGAUUGAGUUGACAGGAGAGGAGAACGGCACCACGAUGUGCGUGGGUGAGUCGAGGAGAUUAGAGGAGCUGAGGCGGUUUCUAGGGUUGGUAGAUGAGGAGGAUUCGGGGUUGAGAGAGCAGGAGGAGUUGAGAUUGAAAGGAGGGGAGGGCAGCGGGGAGCAUGACGUGUGCGUCAGAAUAGAAUGCUGAUUUGUGCUGAUUUGUGCUGAUCAGUGCUGAUUCGGGAUCGAAAGAGCAGGAGGGGUAGAGAGGGAAAGGGGAGUUGAGGGUAGAAGGACGGGGGUUCAGGAGAGCGCAUGACGUGUGCGUCAGAAUGGAGUGCUAAUGAGCGCUCGUGAAUGCUGAUUAGGGCUGACGGUUUCAGGUUAGCUUCUUGGUGCCUGAACCCUCCUCUUGAUGCCCGAGUGGGGCAGGAUAUGGAGCUGCAGCAGGACUGCCCUGAAGCUUGAGCCGUUAAGUAGCAGCAGGGUAUGGAGCAGGGUAUGGAGCAGGGCAUGGAGCAGGAUAUGAUACGAGGCAGGAUAUGGAGCAGGAUAUGAUAUGCGGCAGGAUAUGGAGCAGGAUAUGAUAUGCGGCAGGAUAUGGAGCAGGAUAUGAUAUGCGGCAGGAUAUGGAGCAGGAUAUGAUAUGCGGCAGGAUAUGGAGCAGGAUAUGAUAUGCGGCAGGAUAUGGAGCAGGAUAUGGAACAUGGCAUGUCCCUGAAAACUGCGGUGGUGCAGAGCUGGGAUAGCGGCAGCAUCCUGAUCAGUUCCAGUUCACGUGACAAUAACGAGGAUCAAGUGUAGGUGAGUGACGGAUCAAGGGUCUGAUGAACGGAUUUCACCUGUGGGUGCUGGUGACAGAGACAUUUCUGAAGCAAGCACAAAUUCCAGUGACAUAGGCAUCUGUGUGUCGGUCUAGCUUGGCUUUCUUGUGAUAGUUUCCAACAUCUUGCAAGUCGCUUGCAAUUGUAUAUAUGGUUUUUCUGGCAAUUACCUUUAAUUGUCACCCUCGGGCAAAAUAUGGCAAUUAAAUUCUCUUUUUACGUUGCAGUUUCCCCCAAACAAUCACCUACUAUCUUCCUAAACCUCAAACCCUCAGCGUGCUUUACAUACCUCCCCCCAUGGCACACCCCCCUCCCGCAAUGUCCUGCAAAUCUCCCUCCUCUGGUUUCUAACAGACGAAAGUUUUCCUCGAAAGUUUCAUCUUCCACUUUCUUUCCUCCACCCGCCACCUCACCCAAAUCCUGCUUCUCCAUCUGAGCGCAUCCUUCUCAGCUUUUGCUCGCAUGGCCCCAUCUCUCCUCUCCCAUGACUACAGGGCCAACUCAUACACAUGCCUCACUAACUAUCCCAACCCCCACUCCUCCCUCACAUUAGCCACUGCUCCCCUAACUCUCGCCCUGUUUCUGCAACUGCCCCAGCAGCAGUGGUACUUUCCCUUCUGCCCCACUGAAUCCCAACCCCCCUCAUUGUUCUGAGAUGCAUUUCAGAUAUACGAUAGAUCGUCCUUACCCUUGAUGGAAAUGACUGUUAUGUAAACGAGAACACCCAUGAUACCGAUUGAUUGAUUUGUAGGGGUGAGAUAAAGUGAAUGUUGGGCUGAGAAAAGCCCUUGGGAUCUUUCCAGAGACUAAGUCCCAGCUGUAAAGAAUUGAGACUUGGAGUAGUGCAGCGGAAGUUGAGAUAGUUGAACCCUUGUACUAGUAUAUGAGAACAACAGGUGUGGUGAUGCGUUGUUGGGGAGCGAUGACGAGGACAACAGGUUGUGCAGGUGGACUGUAUGUGUCAUCGCGUCUGGCCACAGUGUGUUGGGCAGUUUCAUUCCCAGGAGCAGCUUUCGCAUCGUCGUCUGCAAGGUCCGGUUCAUGCGUUCUGCGACCCCCUGCUGCUGGUGAGCGUAUGGUAGGGACACCAGGCGCCUGAUUCCUCUUUCCGCCAGAUAGGUCUUGAAGCGUCGUGACUGGUAUUCCAGUGCGCCGUCUGACUGGAAACUUUUUAGCUUGGUUCCUGAUUCCCGUUCGGCGAUGGGGAGCCAUGUUG